AUGGAGCGCUCCCCUGGGACUCUCAUCUGCACCCUCCUGCUCCUGGUCGCAGACAGAGCCAGACUCUCUCUCUGCUACAACAUCGGGUCUUCAGGGGCCCAGGUCUUCUCUGGACCCGCUCAGCAGGAGUUUGGCUACGCAGUGCAGCAGGCAACGAACCACGAGGGCAAAUGGCUCCUGGUCGGGGCCCCUUGGAGCGGCUACGGCCAGAACCGAAAGGGCGACGUGUACAAGUGCCCAGUCUCCGGCUCCAGAAACACCUGCGACAAGCUCAAUAUCCAAGACUCGGUAAGUUUUCCUGGAGUCCAUGAAAUCAGUGACAACAUGACUCUGGGCCUGACCCUCACCAGGAUACCAGCGGUCAACGGAUUCAUGACUUGUGGUCCGCUGUGGGCCCAGCGCUGUGGGGAGCAGGACUUUGUUCCCGGAAUCUGCACCAAAAUGAGUCCCCUGUUCCAGCCUCUGCCACCGUUUUCUCCGGCUGUACAAAAGUGUGGUGUUCCCAUGGACAUCGUCAUCGUCCUGGACGGAUCCAACAGCAUCUACCCCUGGGGCCCCAUGAACGAGUUUCUGAAGAAGCUCAUCCCCUCCCUGGACAUCGGCUGGGACAAAACACGGGUCAGUGUGAUGCAGUACUCUGUGGGCGUCCAGGUGGAGUUCCGUCUGAGCGACUACAGCAGCAGUAACAAUCAGGUGUUUGAGGCGGCGUCUCAGAUCACGCAGAUGUACGGCGCCUCCACCAACACCUUCAACGCCCUGCAGCACGCCUGCAUGUUCCUGUUCACUGAGGCGUACGGCGGUCGCUCCAAAGCCCCCAACGUGAUGGUGGUCGUGACGGACGGAGAAUCCCACGACAGCAACAUCAGAGACACCGCCAUCAGCAUCUGCGACCGGAACAAAGUCACACGCUUCGGGAUCGCUGUCCUGGGCUACUACAACCGGAACAACAUCGACACCAAAGACCUGAUCAAAGAAAUCCAGUCCAUCGCGAGUUUGCCAACGGAAAAGUUCUUCUUCAACGUGUCUGAGGAGGCGGCGCUCUCCAACAUCGCCGGAACUCUGGGGACUCGCAUUUUCAACAUAGAAGGAACUGGGAAAGGAGGGGAAAACUUCAAGAUGGAGAUGUCCCAGGUGGGAUUCAGCGCACACUACUCCAGCCAGCAGGACAUGAUGCUGAUGGGGGCGGUCGGGGCCUAUGGCUGGAGUGGGACGGUGGUGCAUCAGAGUGGAUCAAACCUGGACAUUCUUCCGUUCUCCGCCUUCGAAACGACGCUUCAGGACCGGAACCACAGCUCUUUACUGGGCUACGCGGUGAGCGCUCUGAGUGACGGUUACACGGAGUAUUACGUUGCCGGGGCGCCGCGGUCCAACCACUCGGGACAGGUGAUCGUCUACAGCCUGAACGCUCAGAAGCAGGUGCACGUGGUCGACUCGGAGAGAGGGAAACAGAUCGGGUCGUACUUCGGGAGCGUGCUGUGCCCUGUGGACGUGGACCAGGACGGGGUGACGGACGUGCUGCUGGUGGGAGCUCCCAUGUUCAUGAGCGAGCUGAAGAGAGAGCAGGGCGCCGUCUUCCUCUUCUCCGUCACCAAAGGCAUUCUGAACGAGCAUGGCGCCCUGGUGGGUCCGGACGCCACAGAGAACGCUCGGUUUGGCGUGGCGGUGUCUGCGGCGCCGGACCUGGACCUGGACGGGUUCAGUGACGUGGUGGUGGGGGCGCCGCUGGAGGACGCUCACCGAGGCGUCCUGUACGUCUACAACGGCAACAAGAAAACUAUCAACAAGCACUUCUCACAGAGAAUCCGCGGCUCUUCUCUGGAUCCUCAGAUGCAGUAUUUUGGGCGCGCCCUUGACAGUUACAGAGACCUGAACGGAGACUCACUCCCAGACGUUUCAGUCGGAGGCUAUGGAAAAGUGGUGCAGUUAUGGUCCCAGGGAGUGGCCUCUGUCACGGCCUCAGUCUCGUUCACUCCAGAGAAAAUCAACAUUCUCAGUAAACUCUGUGACGUGAAAGGGCAGAAGGCGUCCUGCUUCAAGGCCAACGUUUGCUUCACCGCCGCCUUCAGACCAAAGACCCCCGUCGGGCCCCUGGACAUCUCGUACUCUCUGACGCUGGACGCAGACUUGCAGGCGACUCGAGUCACGUCUCGAGGGCUUUUCUCCAAAACACACGAGCGUUUCUUCACAGAGAACGCCAAGGUCUCCUCCACACCUCUGUGCCACGUCUACGAGGUCUACGUCCAGGAGGCUCCAGAUUUUGUGAACUCCAUCAGUCUGAAAAUCGAGAUCGAGCAGGAGAGCAAGACUUUCAACCCUGUUCUGGACGUCUACUCCACCAAGGCCUGGGAGUCCUUUAUCCCGUUCACUAAAGACUGUGGCUCAGACGAGGUGUGUGUGAGUGACCUGGUCCUCUCUGUCCACACACUCAGGCAGCUCUCCAGCUCGCCUCCGGUUCUGGUCCGAGCCAACGACAAAGAGCUGUCGUUCACCGUCAAAGUGAAGAACAAGAAAGAGAACGCCUACAACACACAAGUGGUGGCUACAUACUCCAGCAACCUGUACUACUCCUCUGCCUUUCCCCCGAACCACAGGGUGAGCUGCUCGUCCACUCAGGCCCAGACGGUGAGCUGCCAGGUGGGGUACCCUGUGCUGAGGACCAAUGAGGAGGUCCAGUUCCAGCUAAACUUUGAUUAUAACCUGGAGCAGCUGCAGAACAAAGCCGAGGUCCAGUUCGAGGCCAAAAGUGAUGGAAAAGAGGAACGACCUGCAGACAACAAAGUGUCCAUCUCUGUCCCGGUCCGAUACGACGCUGGGAUCGUACUGUCCAGAGAAGCCAACAUAAACUUCUUCGUGGCCGACUCUAACAUCCCAGUGAAGAGAACGGUCCAGACUCUGGACGACAUCGGGCCUAAGUUUAACUUCACAGUCAAGGUGUCGACAGGGAUCCUUCCGGUCAGCCUCCUGUACGUCUACCUCGACCUGCCGCUGACCAGCAAGAGCGGAAACCAGCUGCUGUACGUGACCAGUGUGGACACUCCCGACGGAGGCUCGGUCAGCUGCCCAGAUAUCGGAGCUCUGUUGGAUCCUCUGAAGAUCGUUUCUUCUGCUGGAAAGAUCCACAAACAGACCUUCACCGAGGAGAGCUUCAGGGCCUCCGAAGAACUGGAUUGUAAGACGGCCAAAUGUGAGCGAAUCAAGUGCAUCAUUAAAGACACACAGCCAAUCAGCAACUACUACAUCCACGUCCACACCAGGAUCUGGAAUGGGACCUUCAUCACCGCCACAUAUCAGACCGUGGAGUUGACGGCGAGUGUGAACGUUGAGACGGCGAACCCCGACCUCCUCAUCAUUGGCCUCAAGCAGCUGCCUGUGGUGCUAACCGUGAACAAACCCGGAGAGAAAAGCGACGUCCCGGUCGGAGUGAUCGUGGGCAGCGUGUUCGGAGGCCUGGCCCUGCUCGCUCUGGCCAUCGGACUUUUGUGGAAGUUUGGAUUUUUCAAGAGGAAGUACCAGCAGCUGCAGAAAGAGGCCGAGGACGACGCACAGAGUCAGAUACAAGACGAGGAUUUGUGA